AGAUGCAGAGCAAGGAUCGGCCAAUGCAGUUUUAUGGGGGUUUUGAGAAGAAAGUAUACAAUCAAGCAACUCCAUUCUUCUUCACAAACUUUCCAGAAGACUGGACUUUUGAACAGAUGUGGAGAACUUUCAACAGGUUGGACGGGGGUAGGGUGAUCGAGAUUGAAUGCCCAAAGAAGAGGGAUCGGCUGGGAAGGAGAUUUGGGUUUGUUAGAUUCUUGGAGGUUAAAGAUACUGGUGAGCUGGAAAGAAAGUUGAAUCAGAUUCAAAUUGCAGGAAUCAAACUUCAAGCCAACAAACCACGGUUUGGAAAAACAUGGCAUGAAAAACAGCACCACUGGAACACAGAAAAUAUAAGGAGAGGGAUGGUUAAAGAUGAUACUGAAUGGCAACAGAAAAAGUCUUAUGCGGGUGCAGUUAAAGGAAUGACAGCAGAAAACAAAGUGCAUGGAAUGAGAAGGGGACACUUCCACGGAGUGGAAGGAGGGGAUCAUACCAAAACUAACAGUGCAAAUGAGCAAAGAAGAUGGAGAUGGAAGCCUAAAAUACAACCACAAGCAUGGACAGGAAUGGAGCUCAAAGUUAACAAGGAAGAGUACCAGUGGCUGGAGAAAUGUUUUGUUGGGACUGUUCAUUCCAUAACCUUGAUUCCAACUUUGCAGGAGAAAUUUUAUAUGGAAGGAGUCUUUUACUGCAAGAUCAGAGCAAUGGGAGGAAGGUUGGUGCUGAUAGAAGGAAAUGAAUAUGAAGACUUAAAGGAGCUGGUCGAAAAUGGCAAAGAUUGGUUAGGAAAUUGGUUCGAAGAAAUCAAACCAUGGUCACCAAACAUGGUGGCAAGGGAGAGGUUCGCAUGGAUUAGAUGCUUGGGAUUACCUCCACACGCAUGGAAGACGGACUUUUUCCAAUCACUCGGAAAUCUGUGGGGCACUUUUGUUUCGGUGGAUGAUAGCACAAGCAAGAAAAAACGCCUUGACGUCGCUCGAUUCCUCUUAUCAACGCCCGUAACGGAAUCCAUUUCAAAAUCUUUAUCAAUAAAGGUUAAUGGAAUCAUUUUUACAGUUAAGUUCUCUGAGGAGGAGUCCAGCAACGGGAUGCAUGUCAUGAAUACAAAUUUUAAGAUUAAAGAAGCUUAUGAGGAAGGCGAGGAAUCUUCAACGGACGGAUCUGUCGGUAUAGAUUUCAACAUGCCUGGAAUGGAAGCUGCAGAAAAUAGAGGAUUUGAAGAAGAUGAUGACGUGGAGAUUCAAUUAGGAGUGCAGGAGACAAAUCAGCAAGAGGCGGAGAGAAAUAUGGACACGGUGGCAUCAUUAGAGGGGGACACAUCAAUUGUUAAGAAGAAUGGUCAACCAAAUGGACAAGAAAGGAGCGUGUUAGGUUCUGGAGAAGCAGCAGAAGAUGAAGAUUUGGUGUCAGCGGGAACAGCCGAAAAGCAGCAGAGUUUAGGGAGCGCAAUGGGUAGUUUGGAAGGGCUUACAAGCAAGCAAUUAAUGAGUGAUGGGCUCGAGAAGGAAGAGGGACAAGUCCAGCUGGAGACGGAAACAUGCAGAGAGAGUAUUGGGAACAACCACAGUUUCAAUAAUGGGGAAAGGAGAGAGAUAGGGGGGGAGAAAAUUUCAAAAAUAACAAUGGACAAAAUUGCAAAAGGAAAUGGGCCGGGUGGGCUCAAUGAUGAGAUGGAUCCAGGUAUAAGUAGUAACGGGCCAAUAUUGGGUAGUAAAAAUCAAGAAGUGCAAAGCCUAUAUCAGAUAAGUAAAGAAACCAAAGAAAAAUUAAAAGAGGGCAAGCACGUGAGGCCAAGAGCAACAGAAUCAGACCUGUUCUGGGAAGACAUGGACAGCGACGCAGGGGACUUACCAGAGUGGGCAAAAGUUCUUGAAGGGAAGAAGAGCAAAAAGAAAAAAAGGAGAGUGAAGCUGUGCCGUUCAGUGUAUAUGAAAUCUGGCGGGCUUGAAGGUGUUCUGGCUGAUCCAGCGGACUCAGUUGCAGGUGACUCCAUAAAUGACAGUAAUAUACAAAACUGCAACAAGGGGAUUAGAGUGAAGAGCAAAAUUAAAGACUCCGAAGCUUUAUGGAGCUAUAUCAAGGAGUUGGGAGUUGCAAUGAAAGGGGAUGAGCUACCGGCAAUCCGAAGGCUUGAAGAAAUGGAGCAUCGAGACAAGGAAAGAAGAAGGAAAGAUAUGACAACACCGACAACAAGAAAUCAGGUGCUUGCUAAUUCCCCAUGAUUGUGCUAUCUUUAAACAUUAGGGGGUUGGGGGGAUGCGGGAAAAAGAGGGAAAUUCGUGAGCUGGUGAAUAAACAUAGACCGGAGGUUUUAUUCUUGCAAGAAACAAAAGUAGAAAAUGUGGAUAAAAGUUAUUGUAGAAGGUUAUGGGAUUCAGAUGACAUGGAUUGGGUAGCAAAAUCAUCCUUGGGUGCCUUGGGUGGUUUAAUUAUCAUAUGGAACAGGGCAGUGCUACAGAAAGUAAGUGUUUUUGAAGGGGAGGGAUACAUCGGGAUCCAGGGGUUAUGGGGUGCUGAUGCCUUACCAUGCUUUCUGUGUAAUGUGUAUACCCCAUGCGAUCUUGAGAGGAAGAGGAGUGUAUGGAGAGAACUUGAACAAAUGAUUAGGAAGAACAGGGGGUGUUGGUGUCUUGGUGGGGAUUUUAAUGCUAUUAGAAGUUUGCAGGAAAGAAAGGGGGGUAAGAGCGCCAGGAGAGAAGUAAAGGAGUUUGAACAAU